AUGAAGAACUAUCUUCUCCGAACGUUGGGAUUGGGAAAGUUAAACACAUCCUCUUCAUCAGACACUCCCAACAAAUCACUUUCACUCAACACGCCAGGUGAUUCAACACCAACAAAUUUCGAUCAUUUCAAUGUCGAUCGGAGAGAUGAAGAGGAAUAUAAACGAUAUGAAGAGAUUUGGGCUCAACCAUAUACUUAUUUAUUGGAUUUUCCAUUUGAAUCGGAUGAAUUACUCAAAUCGUGGAAUUUAUUUGUGCAAGAGAAUUUAUCCCGAGAGUCAUCAAAGGAGUCUGCUCUUUCAUCAUUUGAAAAAACAACAAACUUGGCUUUUGAAUCAUUUAUCACACAACUAAAAGAGAAGUAUAAUGACUGGUUUCCACCGCAAAACGCGUUGGGAUUAGCAGUUGUCACAACUCAAAGCAAUUCUAGAGCCAGAAGUAAGGCUGUUACUUCCAACAGUGGGUUAUUUUCAAGUGUUGGUGUUUCGUCAGAUAUUUUGGGCUCACUACAGUCAGGAUCGUUUUCUGACAUUUCAUAUUCACACGACUCUACUUUUCAAAUACACGGUUUUAAAGGUGUCAUCGGACAUCCUAUUGAUGUGUUAUCAACAGUAUGCUCACAAUUUAAACACCAAGUCCAAGUAGUUUUGAAAGAUUUUAAAACGGAUAAGUUCAAUAAUUUUAACAUCCGGCCACUCUAUCUUUUGGAUAUUGUUGAAAUACUCACCCGAUCUCAUCACAACAGAUUAUUUAUGAGGGAAUUCAAUGUCCUUCCUUUCGUUUCUAAUAUUUUGAAAACAGCUUUAUUUAAACUUCAGUUAAUUAUUGCAGAUAAGAGAUUUAGUGACAGAGAAAUAUCAACACUUUCUGUUGAAUCAGCCAUUGAAGUUGAGAACGAAUUGAGACAAUGGUUGGAUUUUGUAAUUUAUAUUUUGUCGAACGGCAUUCAAAUCUUUUCACAUUUUUGUGAAUCUGUAGCAUAUAAUACUACGACGAACGUUUCAGCAAGCACUACUAAUACAAAUACUUCGGAUGUACCAACGCCCCUCUCAAUAACGAGGUCUUCUAGCAUCAAUGGAGGAGAGCAGGGAAAUCACAAUAUUUGGUAUCAAAACAAUAAGAAUUUCAGAAGGCAGAAAAUGCUAACCUAUUUAACCUCUAGAGAAGAUAUUGACCUCAUGGACAUUAUUAUUGAGAUGUUGACAACCUUUAGAGAUUCCAUUUCAAAACAGUAUGAUGGUCAUCAUCAUAGUCCAAAGUACUUUGAAACAUGGAGCUUUUUAUUCAAUUUCCAAGAAGCCGCACUGCAAAUGGUUCGGGCGAUUGUAACUACGGACAAGCUCAAAAAUGUUGGUCAGCUGGCCGAGCAACAAUUUAGAGAUAUUUUCCUUUCUAGAGGAGGUUGCGACGUUCUUGUAAAAUACCUUGGAUGGCCUAUAGAACAUGUUUCUAUUUUACAUGACACAGAAUGGUUUAAAAUUGAUAUUCGCUCUUUAAACGCCGAAAGACUAAACCACUACUUCCAAACUCAACAACUAACCAUGAAAAUUAUAACAAGGUUGAUCGAAAGCAAUUACUCGUAUCUCAGACUAUUUGGAAAGCAGGGUUUUAGCAAGAUUAGAGAGACAGGUUUAUGGAUUUCUUUCUUUUGUACAUUGAGUAGCGACUAUGAGAGCCAAGCUCAGACUUUGAGAAACAAUCCUCUUCCUCAAAUGGGAUCUAUUGUUCGAUCACGAAGUGGCUCGUUAGACUUGGCCAAUUUCAGAUUUCCUCCAACUCCAAUUUCCAAUAGUGGCUCCAUUAAUGUGAAACCAUUCCCUUGCCCUGGAUUUAUUUCAAAAUCGACCAAUGAAAGAGCCAUGCAAUUUUUUGACUGCCUCCGAAAGCUCGUAAAACUUUCAACGAUAAUUUCCUUCCCAAAGACACUCCAUAGUUCAACUUUGACUCCAGGUACUCCAUCGAGUAUGCCACCAACUUUUGACAAUUCCUACUCUUCUUACUCUUCUACUCUUAACAACUCUGAACAAGAUGCCAUCAUCCAAAAGAAACUUUCCAAACUAUUAUUUUCAUUUUUCCUUGACAGUGAGGGAGAUAAGGAAACGAUCACUGAAAAGGCACUACAAAAAUUGAGACUUUUGAGUGAUUUUCCCUUAUAUUUUAUAGACAGUAUUAACAGAUUAGUAUCCGAAUCUCAAACUGCACUUGAUGUUAUGGUUUCUAAUGGGUUAUACGAUGUUCUUUUUUCUGAAUAUUUCUACUUUUAUGGAGGAUCUUUCAAUCCAAUUAACAAAAUAGAAGAGAAGAGGUCGUUCAAAGAUUCUAUCCCUGUCAAAGAUGAAAAUGAAGGAAAUGAAUUAUUAAUGAGAAGUGAUAUUUGUGCAUAUAUUGAGUGUGCUUCCGCAGUAUUACGAUCUAGCGUCAUCGAUUUUAUGAAAUAUACUUCUACCAUUAAGGGAAGGAAUAAUGUUGAGGAGUGUAGAAAGUUGAUCGAUAUUUUAGAGCUGUACAAUGAGAAUUCAUUUGUGGCGUCUGAAAUUGGACUUUGUCUACUUGAUAUUUUGAGACAAAACUUUGACAUCACCCAAGAGAGUCUAUACUCUCUAAAGGCACUGUCUGUUUUAUCUCGUGUAAUUUCAAAGCAACAUACUUUGGUAACCUCAUUUGACAUGGAACUUCCAAAAUCUCAAUUUUACCAUAAUGAGUACACAGAAGAGCAUGUACGGGCCAUCGAAGCAAGAAAUAUCAUUUUGAACGUUUUAGAUUUUGCACUUACACAUGAAAAAUCAUUGACUCUUGCUCUUCAAAACCAUAACACUAUAGAAAUGAUGUUCAAAAUUAUUUUAGAUCCUACCUUGAAAAACUUUGUUCUAGUUCAUGUCAGACAGCUCUUGAAUGCCAAGAACAUUGAGCACUCGCACGAAUUUGAAGUGUUAUUAACAUGUUUCACAGAGGUAUUUCCAGUUAUUAUGGACAAACCAACCCAACCUAAUUUGCAACUAUUGAUGGAAAUGUUGGCUGCUGUACAAAAAGGUCUGUGUGGAUCAAACAAAAAGCUUUUACAAACGCAGUUCAGAGACAAGCUGGAUAAAUUCAUGCACUUACUCAACUUGAACAUUCCAUCCAAUCCAACUGAAUCAGAUUGCAUUUCUCGUCAUGUUUUGGCAAUUGAGGUGAUACGGACUUUAACGGCACUAAUAUCAGAGAAUUCAAAAUCAAAACAACAUUUCAAGACAAUUCUUGGUUAUGAUACGUUUAAGAAUUUUAUUUUACAUUGCGAGCAAAACAAGCCAUCUCCUGACAUUUUCGAUGUGCUCUUUGACAUGUUAUCUGACGGAGAAUACAAUAGCGAAACUAACUAUACCAUUCAAAAUCCCGAUGUUGCUCGUUUAAUCUUCCAACUCGCACUGAAUUGUGACAUUUCUUACGUUGCUGAAUUAGUUGCUAAAUUCACUUUGCUUGUUGAGAAAUCAACAAACAACAGAAAUAUUUGCUGCUCUGUUGGUUUAAUCAGCACUCUGUUGGAAUUACUGACAAGAUUUGAGAAAGAGACAAAUCCAGAGGAUAAAACAAUUCGAGAUAUUGUGACAUUAAUCGAAACCAUUGGUAGACAUUCAAUUACUGUAAAGGAACUUAAAGGGUUCCUUACAUUGAUCAAACAGCAAUCGGAUAGGGAUCAUACCAACUUUCUUUCCAUACUCUUAAAGGCUCUAGCCAACAUGACUCAAAGCUCUCCUGAUGCCUUUUUUGAUUUCAAUGGAUUGGUUUCUGGAUUAGUACUUCCAGUGAUCGACAAUAGAAUUUGGCCAAAUGCAAAAGGUUAUUCUAUUUCCAUGUGGAUUCGAGUUGAGAGUUUUGUAGAGACUAGACCUGCCUCCAAUGCUAAUCCAUCUACGUUUUCACCAGUCUCAACUCGAUCCUUUUCAUUUUCCACCAAUGACGUUGCAAGUUUGAGAAAAGAAUCGUUACCGAUGGAUACUGUCGCUUACAAACCAAGAUUGGUAAGCUUUUUCAACUCGGAAGGACAAGGAUUUGAAAUUUAUUUUGAAAACAAUUACUUGAAAGUUAGUGUGCAGCACUCCCAAAAGAAGCAAUAUACGGAGGUGUUUGAUUUUAAAUUUGAUCCAAAGCGAUGGUAUCAUAUUGUUUUAACUCACACCUAUGGAAAAGGUCCAUUUUCAUUUUCAAAGAAUGAACUCAAACUCUAUGUCGAUGGCAACUCACCAAGCAAAGUAUUACUCAAGUAUCCGAAUUUCCACAAACCCUUAGAUAAGUGCAUGAUUGGGUCAAGCUUUUUAGUGAAUGAAAAUCUUCAAAUGGGAACAUUCCACAAGAGACAAAAUAGUUUUCCAGCAUCAGAAAAUCCAAAUUUCAACGGACAAAUGGGAACUUUGUGUGUAUUUGAUGAAUCGCUACCUCCUAAUAUUAUUCAGCUUAUAUAUGGAUUAGGUUACAAUUAUAUGAAUUGCUUCCAACCAACAGAUUCUGUUUUAGCCAAGAAUAAUAGCAAAGCUCAAGAAUAUUUGCAACUUUUCGAUGGUUCCAUCACACAAAAGAUUAUCUUGUGUUACAGUCCAAAGUCUAGGGCCAACUUAAACAAAAUAUGUGUGAACAAUACGCCUGAGGCUUUUCAUCAACUUCAAUUAUACAAUGGGUUGGCUUCUUUGGGAGAAUCUGUUCCUCAGAUCAAAACAGAUAUUCACCAAUCCAUGUUGAAUGCAAGAAUAUUGAAUGGAACUCAACUAUGUGUCACUCAUAAUGCUAAGGAUAUUAUUGGCUGUUUAGGAGGCAUUAAGGUGUUAUUCCCUUUGUUUUUACAACUUGAUCGACUGUCUCACACGGACCAAGUGGUGAGUGUCAAUGACAGGUCAGAACCAUACAUGGUAAAUACCUUAUUUUCUCUGCUUAUUGAUUUGCUUUCAGAACAUGUUGACAAUCUUGAGGAUAUGGCGAGAUGCAGAGGAUUUUUGGUGAUCAGUUUCCUAUUGAAACAAAUAUCUCCUCAACAUUUAACUCGUAGCACAGUGGCUCUGAUUCCUACGCUGUUAUCUUGUGUCCAGCGCCAUAGUUUACUCUAUUCAGACACAAUCAAUUAUUUAGUAUUUAACUUUAGAUUGUGGAUCUAUACCGAUUCUGAAGUUCAGAAAAUGCUCUUCCAACAGCUACUUGAAUUGAAUAAUAAGAAAGAAAAUUUCACAAAAGUUCGAGAAAUUUUAGGUGUUCAACGUUUAUUGGAUUUGAUGCGAUGGUUCUACUGGUUUGAACGAUCUAAAAACAUGGACUAUGAAUAUCAGUUGGGAUCUGAAAAGAUUUGCAACCCUGUUACCUCUGCUGUGUUAGGACAGAGACCAAACAUUGAUGAUAUCCGUGAAAUUAGACAAAAGUUAAUAUUACUUUUAAAGGGUCUUACUGCCAAGUCAUCUGAAAUUGCAGUUGUUGGCAAUGAUGAUAAAAUGAUAGGUACUCCUAACAUACCAAUGACAACUACCUCAAUCACAUACUCCGAAUUAGAGGCCAUUAUGAACUAUCUUGCAGAUUGUAGCGAUAACUUGCAAUAUGAUGAUAUUAUUGAAUUUAUUCUCGAGCUAUUAUUAUCUCCUGAUGGGUCUGCAAUUGCAGAAAUGCUUUUUAAUAUGAAAGCAUAUCAAGUAUUCAUUCAACUGCUAUACAUUAUGAAGGAAUCAACAAGAUUGAACGUAUUGAAAUGUAUUGGUCAAAUGUUGGUCUUGAAUUCAAAGAUGAGACAAAAAAUGUGUGCUGAUGAAACCUUUGGUUUUGUUGCUAUUUACAAUGCAUUAUCUGUGUUUAAUUUUACGAUCCAAACUUAUGGAGUUCUCAGAGACAUAUUUUUGGGUAAUAUUUCAAAGGAUAAAACCAAGGAUGUUUUGGACCAAGACGACUUUGAACAGACAGAGUAUAGUUAUCGAGUUCAUUCUGUCAUUCAACCAAUUUUCAGACUCUUAGUUAAUACUCAACCAAACGUGAAGCAUCACAUUCUUCAAAAUUGGAAAAUUCAAAUUAAAUCAAGCAAAGCGAAAGAUUGUGUGUUGCACCAGGUAGGAUGGCAAGAAUGGUUGCUCAACAUUUUGUGUGUUUCCAGAUUGGUUGAUGCUGCUCAACCCUAUGAUGCCACACAAUUUGCUCAAUUCGAGCUUUGCAAAGAUAUUGUGAUUGAGCUAAUUGCCAUUCUAUUGUAUCACUCAUUGAAGACUGUGAAAAAAGGAUGGAGAGAUAUUGAAGAUACAAUUGGACACAUCAUACUAUUGAAAGAUAGAGAUCAACAUUUGGAGGGAGCUGAAGAAAUCUUGGGAAACAUUUACAAACGCAUUUUGGAUGAAUACAUCAAUGACAUUCAAAAUGAUAAGAUCAUUGCCAACUACAAUGACAGGAAUAGCCCAAUAUUAGACAACUUUGUUCAUCUUGCUACAUUCAUUGAGGAAUAUUUAUUUUAUUUCGAUUCGACCUAUCAAAGUGUUUCAGGAAGUUGGUUGAAAAAACGAGUAGAUGCUAAUCAGAGUGUUUUGGGUACAAUCAGAAGUAUUGUUGCCAAUACAAAUACCCAAACUCCAACAAAACCCCAAGAUAUGGUUUCAACAUCAUCAGUAUCCAUGAAGGAAGCUGCAUUUGAUUCUGACAUUGUUUACAUUGAUACGACAAAUAUUCCUUCGACUCCAACCUAUGACACACCAAUGACAGUUUCAACACCGGAAAGUACAAAAAGAAUUGAUUUGAAUACUAGUUCUAGUUCAACUGUUACAACCACUACUACUGCUACGAAUCAACAAAUCACUUAUUAUGCUGAAGAUGAGAUCAAUCUAAGAAAAGGAGAGGAUGGAAUUUGGAGAGAUCUUCCAAUUGCAGAAAAACUCAUUUACAUUCUUACACAAUGGAAAUUGAAUAUUGUUUCUAAUUAUACUUCACUGAGAACUGUUGUGCAAGGUGGUAAACGAUUGAGAGAUGGUGGAACCCUGAGAAUUACACUCCGACUGAUCAGGUAUUGUUUGAGAGAAUCUCAAAAACCCGACCCAGCUCUACUCGAUUGCAUAAAGUUGAUCAACAAAAGAGAUGUAGAGAGUGAAAAAGAAAUUUUGAGAUUUUCUGAGCUUUGGGCUGUUACUGGAGAUAUUGAGAACAAUGACGAUUUUCACACACGUUUAAUGUUUAUAUUAGCUUUCUUGUUUGAUACUAUGAGUAGAUUAAUCGAAAAGAAACAAGAGAAUGAAGCCUUAGGAAUAUUUAUUACCAUUAGAGAAAUUUUCAUGACAAGAAGAGAUCAUCUUGAACAAGCCCUUACCACUGAUGAUGACAAGUCUAUUCUUGCUGAUGAUUCAGUAUUUUCUUCGAAAAAGAAGGCUGAGCUUUCUGACUUUCAAGUGUUCCAUUCUAAAAGUUGGAAAUUUGCAUGGACUCGAUUUUUUGUUCCAGCUGUUCGACAAACAGAAAAAGACGAAGCUCGAUUUCUCGAAGAUAUUAUUUCUAGAAGGAAAUACACAAUACAAAAAUUGUACGAUACCAUCAAAGAUCAUGAAACAGCCUCUGCAGAAUUUGAAAAGAAGUUAGAUGCAGAAAUGAAAGUAGCUUUGGACAAUAUUCGAAGACAAGAGAGGGAACGAAUUAAAAAAGAAAAGAGAGGAUAUGAAGAGUUUGAUUUCCUUGCUUCUCAUUAUUGGAAGAAAACAAUGAGAAAUGUUGCAGACGAGAGAAGUAUUUGGGGUAAACAAACCGAUAGUGUGAAAUGGAAAUUGGACAAGUCAAUUACUGGUAAACACAUCCGAUUGAGACUCGUUAGAGACUUUUCAGGAAUUGACCACAAAGACGCCUCUAUGAAGAAGAGUGAUCAUAUUGUACCAUCAGCACAAGAGACAAGUAUUAACAAAUUAUUAGAGAUUAAGGAAAAGGGCUCUUUUUUUAUACCUAAUCUAUCAGUCAUUACUCUGAAUCAAUCAAGCGAGGAUUCUACAGAAGAUAGCAGUGAAGUCACUCCAAUCAAUAAUGCCAAUCCUCAAGCAAUUCAACCAUUUGAGUCAGACGACCAACUCAAUCAAAAGCACGAAAAGGAAAAAACUAUCAUGAAAGACAUUUAUUGUGAAAUGAUUACUCCAAUGAUACCCUUCUCUGGAAAAAUGGAAAUUACAAACAAGAGAAUAAUUUGGACAGCUGAUAAAGAAAAUCAGUGCCUAACAUUUGGUUGGAGCGAAAAAGUGGCCAAAUUAAUUAAGACUCCUCGAGAAAAGACUAUUUAUUUGGAAGAUUUGAUAGAAAUUCGAUUAAUGCGAUUUAGGUUGCGAAAGAGUGCAUUAGAAUUUUAUCUCAAUGAUGAAUCUACUGUCAUGUUCAACUUUGAUAAGAAUGAGAGAAAUAAGAUUUAUACCAAAAUCAUUUCUCUUAAAUGUCCUAAUUUGAGAUCAGUUGAAAAAUCCUUCUCUCCAAUGGACAAUUUACAACGAGCUGGAUGGACCAAGAAAUGGCAACAAGGAAAAAUUUCCAACUUUGAAUAUUUGAUGAUUUUGAACAUGUAUGCUGGAAGAACAAUUAACGACCUUUCACAAUAUCCAGUAUUCCCUUGGGUGAUUGCAGAUUACACGAGUCCAACUCUCGAUUUCACAAAAGAAUCUACAUUUAGAGACUUAUCAAAACCUAUGGGUGUGGUAAAUCCAGAAAAAGUCAAAAAUGUUGAAGAAAAGUACAUGACUUUGUCAGAUUCUGGAGAACCUCCCUAUCACUAUGGUUCACACUAUUCCACUUCUGCCUAUGUCACCUAUUAUUUGAUACGUCUGGAGCCCUAUACAACAUUGGCUCGAGUGGUUCAGGGAGGAAAAUUUGACCAUGCAGACAGAAUGUUUGAAUCAGUCGCACAAACCUAUGAUCAUUGUUUGCAUGGUGAAGGAGAUCACAAAGAACUAAUUCCUGAAUUCUUUUAUUUGCCUGAAUUUCUCAAAAAACCAAAUGAUUUAACUCUUGGUGAAAAACAAAGUGGUGAUCAAAUUGGAGAUGUGAUUCUUCCACCAUGGGCCAAAAAUGCAGAGGAAUUUAUCAGAAUUAAUAGAGAGGCACUCGAAUCUGAUUAUGUUUCCCAACAUUUGCAUGAAUGGAUUGAUCUCAUCUUUGGAUAUAAACAGAGAGGUCCUGAAGCAGUGAAGGCACACAACAUGUUCCACUACUUGACCUAUGAGGGAACGAUCGAUCUUGAUCAACUCGAUGAACGAGACAAGUAUCCUGUUUUGGCACGUAUUGAUAACUUUGGUCAAACACCAUCUCAAUUAUUUAAAACACCACAUCCAAAGAAAACGACAAAGAGAGAUGCAAAGUAUGACAACUUACUCAUGUUAUCUUUCCAGGGAAGUCGUCAAGUGAAUACUGUGAAAAUUUCUCCAAUAGUGUUUAUCAAGUUUUACCAAUCAGAAAAUACGAUUGUGAGAGUUUGUGUGGUCACUGAAGAUGGAUUGGUAUACACAACCAAGGCAGGAAAUGUAAAUCUACAAGCCAUAGCGAAUGAUCUUGCCUUUUUAUCCAACUGUAAGACUAUUGGUUUUCCUCUCGAUGAUCCUGUGAGUCUUCUUUCCUCAAACACGACCGAUUCAAGUUCAAAUUCGUACAUAAGCUCGAAUCCAACACAUAGUACAAAGCAACGAAGAUCUCUAGCAUCACUUCCAAAACAGGGUUUAGGUUAUAAGAGUAAUGCAUCAAAUGUGAAAAACUAUUUUGCAAUUCCAAAUACUCCAAUUCCAAACUCGAUCAAGGACAUUAAUAUUUACUCAUGUGGUCACUUUGAUAAUUCAUUCAGAAUUUCUAAACCAUAUUUCCAACCAUUGCAUACAAAGAUUUCGACAUGUCAACAAAAUGCUAUUUGGAGACACAAAGAUUUAGUUACAUGUUGUGCUAUUUGUGAAGAAGACAAAUAUUUUGUAACCGGAAGUAGAGAUACCACGGUCAUGGUCUGGAACAUUCAAAACGAGGCCUUUUUAGUCUCUCAACAACCUACUAAUAUUCUCUAUGGCCAUGACGAUGAAGUGACUUGUGUGGCCGUAUGCAAUGACUUAGACACAGUAAUUAGUGGAAGCAAGGAUGGCACUGUGAUUGUGCAUUCAUUACGAAGAGGAAAAUACAUUCGAACGAUUAAGCAUCCAAAUAAUGGAGUUAUUAACACUAUUGGCAUCGCGCGUGAAUGCAAAUACAGUAACGACAUUGAAGUUCUUGGAAGAAUUUGUGUGUACAGCAAUGAUGACAUGAUCCUAUAUUUAUACAGCCUCAAUGGUAAUCUCAUUGCUAAGGCAGAGACGAAUGGUGCGUUGAAUUGCAUGCGUAUUUUUGAUUGCAAAUAUGUGAUUUAUGGUGGUGAUCAUGCAAUUGUGGUGCGAGACUUGCAUUCUUUGAAAGUGAUUCACAAAAUUGAUUUAAGAGAUCAAAUGUCUCCAGUACGAUCGAUCGAGAUAUCCAAUGAUGAACAAUUGCUUUUUGCAGGAUUAGACUCUGGAAAGUUAUUAAUUUAUGGAAUUGAGAAUCAAAAUUCUAAUGGUGGAAACGGAACUCAAAACACAAACCUUACUCAACCACCUUCUCCACGACACAAUUAA